AACUUGUGUUCAUGUGUUGUGAGAUCUGUCAAAAUUAUAUAAAUACGGUGUUUGUAAUAAUACAUUUUGUUUCAAUCAGAUUACAUUUUGAUACACGGUUUUAUAAGUGUUUACGCGAUGGGCGAUAGCGUGGAAACAAGGCCAAAGGCUGAUGACAACAGGCUGAAACCUGCGAUUCGCAGCCAUCAGCGUACACCCUCGGGUUCCCGGGAUUUCAAGGAAGCAACGAAGCGAGAUGCUCUCGCCAGGCUCGAGGUGGAACUGGAGCGGCUGCUGGCAGGCUUGCCCGAGAACAAGCAAACGCUCGUCGAGAAGGAGUUCAAGGGCUUUAAGAAUCUAUUCAGCAGAUUCUUAGCUGAACAGGGACCAUCCGUGACAUGGGAAAAAAUCGAGAGGCUUCCAGAGGGUGCAGUCAUAGACUACUCAACUCUGAACACGCCGACCACGGACAAUAUCCACCAUAUGUUGGACAAGUUGGUUGUGGUUAAACUCAACGGUGGAUUGGGCACAUCUAUGGGUUGCAAAGGACCAAAAUCAGUUAUUCAAGUGCGGAACGAAUUGACCUUCUUAGAUUUAACUGUACAGCAAAUUGAGCACCUUAACAAAACGUACAAAUGUAACGUCCCUUUGGUGUUGAUGAACUCGUUCAACACGGACGAGGACACUCAGAAGGUGAUCAGAAAGUACAAAGGUCUGAAGUUGGAAAUCCACACCUUCAACCAAUCCUGUCACCCGCGCAUCAACAGGGAGUCGCUGUUACCAAUAGCCUUGAAUCCUGAUGUCCAUUCCAACAUCGAAGCAUGGUACCCACCCGGUCACGGUGACUUCUACGAAUCCUUCUACAAUUCAGGCCUUCUUCAGAAGUUCAUCCAGGAAGGCAGAACCUACUGCUUCAUCAGCAACAUCGACAACUUGGGAGCCACCGUCGAUAUGAACAUCCUCGACUUGCUCCUCAACCCAGAACAGAAAGCUCAAUCAGAAUUCGUCAUGGAAGUGACCGACAAGACGCGGGCUGACGUCAAGGGUGGAACCCUCAUACAAUACGAGCAGAAGUUACGGCUUCUAGAAAUUGCGCAAGUGCCAAAGGAACACGUCGACGACUUCAAAUCAGUCAGCCAGUUCAAGUUCUUCAACACCAACAAUCUCUGGGCGAAGCUGGACGCGAUACAGAGAGUCGUCGAGAGGGGUUCCUUGAAUAUGGAAAUUAUCGUCAAUAACAAGAGUCUCGCGGACGGAGUCAACGUCAUCCAGCUCGAGACGGCGGUCGGCGCGGCUAUGAAGUGCUUCGAGGGGGGGAUCGGGGUCAAUGUCCCGAGGAGUAGGUUCUUGCCCGUAAAGAAGACGUCCGACUUGCUGCUCGUUAUGUCGAACCUGUACAGCCUGUCGCACGGGUCGCUGGUCAUGUCCCCGCAGCGGAUGUUCCCGACGACGCCGCUCGUCAAGUUGGGGGACAACCACUUUGCGAAGGUCAAGGAGUUCCUGAACAGGUUCGCGACGAUACCGGAUCUGAUCGAGCUGGACCAUUUGACUGUGUCCGGUGACGUGACCUUCGGCAGAGGAGUCUCAUUAAAGGGUACCGUCAUAAUAAUCGCGAACCACGGAGACCGUAUCGACAUACCCUCUGGAGCUCUCUUGGAGAACAAGAUAGUGUCGGGCAAUCUACGUAUAUUGGAUCACUAGCGAAAUUGAACUUUAUAAUUAUUGUAGUAGGAUUGAAUUUAGAUUAUAUUUAGACGUUACAGCGUGUUUAAAUAAAAAAUAUACAUAUUUACGCAUGCAAAUAUAUUUAUUAAAUAAAUUUAUAUCGUAAUGAUAAUUUCUGAAUUUGCAAACGGUGCCGAUUUCUCAAAUUCAUUAAACGAAUGUAUUUGUAAUUUGUUCUUUCGUAAUGAUAAUAUAUUCUUAUAUAGAUAUAUAUAUUCUUGGUAACAUAUAGUGCUAUGUAUGUGUGACUUAUUAUGUAAUAAAUAGUCUUUUUGUAGUCGCUAUGGCUCAAUAAUUGAACUUUGAAGUCGAUUUUUAAUUUUAAUUAUAGUUGUUUAAUAUUAUAGCAAAUGAAAUAUAAUUAUAUGAAUUGAUAUAAGAACUUAAAGGUUUUGAUAAAUAAAUAAACGUGAAGUUGACGCUUGUCACGGUUGUACUCUCAAUUUAAAGCGUAAAAAACUGCGAAUAUUUACAUAAUAAUUUUAUAUACUAAAAUAUUUACCGAUUUUUAUGAACAUAUAUUUGUUUUUAUAUAAAAAAAAAUAGUUUUUGUAAAAAAAAAAUAUAUAUAUAUAUUUGGUUCUAUAUAUUAUUGCGCUCAAGGUAAUCGGGUUGCGUUUUUAUUAUAAAAAAAUAUAUUUAUUUUUAUCUGUGCAAUGAUUUUAUGUUUAAAAAAAGUCAAUAAAUUAAAGACAAAUGUUUUCAUUUAUAUACAUUAUUGUAGCAAUAAUAUAUUAGGAAUUGCCUACUUGCCUUAAAACUUAAUUAAAUUUAUGUAGAAAUAUGAUUACACGAACUCUUAUAUGACAAAAAAUAUUUAAAAAAACGUACGUAUAUAUGUUAAAAUUCUUUCAGCUUUCUUUUGGGUACAAUAAGCUUAAUACUAAAAUUAGGUUUUUUAUGUACAAUUAUAUGUUGGGAGGCUAUAUAUUGUAUUCAGUUCUAUGUAAAACACAAAUUUAAAAUCUGUUUGAAUGGACGUUUUAUUUUAAUUUUGGAUUAUUUUUGAUGUCUGAGAGCAGGCUAUUCUGUAAGAAUAAACUCGAAACUCAUUGUUUACAUGGCCGAAAAUAAUUCAGGCACAAGACCAACGGCUUUACGUGUUUUCCGAGAUGCGGGAGUGUAUAGAUUUAACUUGCAUACUUCGGGCUACUGAGAAUUAUCGACAAAAAAAACAAUUACUUUUUAUUGAACCCAGGACUUCGGAAUCUGCGGUCUUAUCUAGCCUUCACGUUUACAUGAUAACAAUAAAGUUAAAAGAAUACACGCAUCGAUAUUUCCGUAAUUUAGUUCUUAUAGAAUAGCAUCGCUGAAAUGAUUAAAUCUUUCAAGUCGCGGGCGACCAAGUUGUAUGAAACAGUCAGAAGUGCACAAUCUUCAUAUAAUUUAUAUAAACAUAUUUAUAAAACUUGUACGGUGGUGAUUUUUAUAGCUUAGAUUAAAGUUAAGCAAAACACCAAGCACAUCAUUAUUUAAAAUUGUUAUUAAUAGAUUUUUUCAGCUGCUGAAAUCGUGCCAUUAUUUAAUUUAAUGAAACGACGAUGAAAAUUCUAUUUGUAUAUUUAUCACGAUAAUAAAAUAUAUUUUUUCAAUAUUUGUUAUGAACUAUUUCCAUAGUCAAAGCAAAUAUGUAAAUAAAUAUUAAAAUGAAAUCAUAA